GCUGUUGAAUGAGCUUGCGAAAAUAAAACAUCCAUUUACAGGUAGUGGUCGAUUUACGACCGUAAUUGGUUCCGACCGACCGGUCCACAGGAGGAAACUAUAGCCAGAAGAAGAAAAAAAAGGAUAUGGAACGUAUUGCAUGUAUAACCCGGGUUCAAAGUUUCAGUGCCUGUCAUCGAUUGCACAGCAAGCAGCUGAGUGAUGAAGAGAACCGGAAGAUAUUUGGAAAGUGUAACAACCCCAAUGGUCAUGGCCACAACUAUAAAGUUGAGGUGACUGUACGUGGAAAAAUCGACCCUGUUACUGGCAUGGUAAUGAACCUGACAGACCUGAAGAAGCAUAUUGAGGAGGUCAUCAUGAUACCCCUAGAUCACAAACACCUGGAUAAGGAUGUGCCAUAUUUUGCAGACGUUGUUAGUACAUCUGAGAACUUGGCUGUGUACAUCUGGAACAACAUGGAAAAGGUCCUUCCACCAAGCUUGCUCUAUGAGGUCAAGUUACAUGAAACUGAAAAUAAUAUUGUUGUGUAUCGUGGAGAAUAGUUGCAAAAAAACAUUUGAAAUUAAUCAGAAUUAUGAAUGAAUGAAAUUAUGAAGGUUUAUCACUACGUGAUUUAUGGCAUUUGCAAGUCAGAUGAGGCUUUCUGUUGCACAUUUACACUUUCAAUAAGACUAAUAAUUUUUGUCUAGUUUGUGAAGUGGAGUAUCUUUUCCACACAUCCGGUCACCUUGUCUGUCUACCUCAUCUCAGUAUUUACUUGUCAUUCCUUCAAUUACAGAAAAUGAAGUGUAAUAACAGCAGAGGGGGCUAGUACUCUAGCCCUUGCCAUUCAUUUUGCAGUUUGAUUUGCCGAGCGUAGACUGCAAAAGCUGUCAGUGGGACGAUGUACUUGCUACAGAAUAAGUGUAAUGAAUCCAUUUUCAUGAAUACUGAAAUUAUUUUUAACUGAAAGACAUUCUAUUUAAAUGGAAGCAGUUUGAUUUUAUUUUCUUUUAUUGUCAGGUGUUUGUUGCAGUGGAUAAAUUCUAGUGCUUGUUUGUACAAAAAGGAAUGUGGUCAAGAAUGAUCAGGCUUUUGGAAAACAAUGCAAAUAUAAGCAUUAUAUUUGUAUAGGUUUGUGUCUUGUUACCUAAGAAAAUGUAAGAAAGUAGCAAGGAAUCCUAAUAUAUGCCAUUUAAUCAGUAUGAUCAGUAAUCAUUUCCACUCAUGUCAUCUAAAAUUGUUUUACAUAGGGGAGAUCGGGGAACAACUUAACGCUUUUAGGUUUUUUGCUGUGCAGCAGGCUGAACAACGCCCCUUAGCUGUAAUAAAAUAACAAUAUACCACUGCCUGUUGUGAGUUAUUGCUUAAUUGUAUACCUGUUAUAGGCAAACUAAGUUUGAUGUGACAUAGUUUGCACCAAAUUCUUUGCUUAUUAUCCUCUUCAAAAUGUUGCCAUAGUCUUCUUCACUGUGUUUUUGAGUGGUGCCACAAUGUUAAUUUGGCUAUACUCUGAAAUUCUGAGCUCACUGCUAUAGACUACCCACAACUUCAAUCAAAAUAUAGAACAUUCCUCAAAACAUUUUUUUAUAAAUGGUUCAGUUUCUGCUUGCUAGUGACAUGUCAAAACUUUUCCUUAUAACCCACAAGAAAACGAUUUAAAUGGCGUUUAUACCAUGGCACUAAAAACCGACCGGGAUUCAAACCCAGGACAGUGCUACCCACUGCACCAUCGGUGCAGUAUCCGAACACCUAGGGCAAAUACGGCAUUCUGAUUGGUCGAGACGUGUCAUGUAGGUGUGCAUUAUUUUUGUAUAACCUUGCUAACAAGACCCAAUCAAACAGGUGUGUCAGCGAAAAACAAAUAUCAAUGCACACAACAUACACAAAGUAGGCUACUAAGCAAUGCAUUUUUAAUUCAUGCAAAUAGUCCGAUUAUAGCCAACCUGGUGACCUAUUCAGUUGCAUGGCACUGAAGUCUGGAAUACAACAUCAAAUUUAUAUAAGUUGCUUACUAUUAUUUUGUGAGCUAACAUUAGUUAAUCGUAUAAUGUUUUAUUUCCUUUCGGCGAUGGUGAGUUAGUGAAAUUUCCGAUUGCCGAUUAUGCAGUGGGCUUUUAGUUGCAGCAGGCAAUUUUAGAUUUUUUUUCUCAGCAACAGGGACCGUUUUCUCCUCCCCUUCCCAUUGCAUUUCAAUUAAUACAUUUUUUUCUGAACUAAAUAGUAAAUUGUCCAUAAUGGUCCGUUAGCCGUGGUAUAAGCGGGAUAAUACCCUUUUGAAAGAGUCUGUUUUGAGGAAAUGAUUGCCCUUCUGGGUGGUAAACGCUUUGCAUCGGGUUGUAACACCACCCUGUCGGGCAAUUAUUUCCCCGUAAUGGACUCGUUCAUAGGGUAUUAUCCCUUAUGUAUUGCAGUCUGUGGCAUUCACACAUCAGGUGCUAAAACACAGAUUUGUUAACUCUUGAUGAAGUUUUAAAAUCUUCCUUCCACUCACACAUGAGAAGCAAAUUGCUAUAAUGCAUAAGUGAAAACAAACCCAUCAUUCUUCCACAAAUGCAACAAUGCAAAAUAUGCAUGUUUCAACAUGCCUUGUGUUAGUUUGUGCCCCGGUCUCCCCAACAUAUUUUCCUGCAUUGAGACCCUGACAGAACCGGCAUGUAAGGUGGUGUGGCUGCUUGCCAAAGACUGUAGCAGGAGUCGUUUUAGUGUUUAGUGUUUUAGUGUGUCAAAACGUUAACAUAAGAAGGAUUUAUAAAAAAUUAAAAUAAAAACUUUUCUCAUAAUUGUUUAAAAUACCUGCCUUGUCUUGUUCACUGUCGAUAAUUUGUAUGUGUUCCUUGUACAUGGGGAGGUAUCAUAAGCAUCAAUCUUUACUUUUAAAGGAAUUGUGUGUGGUCUUUAGUGUGAUAAUACAGCUGCCUACUUCAUAUUCAUGGAAACUGCAUUACAUUAAGUUUUAGCCAAACUGUCCACUAAUGCCAGCAGACUAAAAUGAGAAAUCCCCAUGCAAUCCCCCAUAUAAUCUUUUGAUCAUUAAAGUGCAUCAGUACUGUUUCUCAGAAAAAUCACCACUAGUUUACCGUGUUAUUAUGCUACAUGAACAUGUCAGUUGCAACUUGAAAUUACUUCCUUGGUUUUCUAUGUAUUUUAUUUUAUUUAUUUUAUUUUAUUUUUUUAGAUCCUAUCCCUAGUGGUUUGAAGUGCAUAUCAAAGUAUCUCAAUGGGCAUGCUAGCAAGACCCCAAACUGGCACUGCUGUGGUAGUUUUGUGGAAAAGAUCCACCCCACUGACCCCCAUACAAUAUAUGUGGGCAAAAAACCUCUUACUACUGCUAGAAACCAAGUAAGCGUUAUAGCUAAGGAAAGCACAAGGCCUCAGUACAGACAUUGUGUUUGUUGGGAAUGGAGAAAAAUGUGGGCAACUCUGGUCAAAAAUACUUUUACAAUUAAUCUUAAAUAAGUGAACAGAAGCGAACCUGACCUCUAAAUGGUAUAACGUUUAACAUGACGCAUUUCUUCAAAUUUUAAAACAAGAUUACUUUUUAGUCAAAAGGAAAAACACCCUAUGAAAAGGUUUGGGAACCCUGUCAGUUAGUACUUUGUAACUCCUCCUCGGGCAACUAUAACAGCUUGUAAACGCUUCCUGUGGCCAGCUAAGAGUCUUUUCCCAUUUUUGCUGGCGGAACACCUCUAGCUCAGAAAUAUUCUUCGGCCUCUCCACAGAUUUUCACUAAAAGUCUGGGGACUGUGGUGGCCAUUCUAAAACCUUCAUCCGUUUUUCCUGGAGGUUGUUUGUGGUUGAUUUUGAGGUAUGGUGAGAAAUGCUAUCUGAAAUCUUUCUUGGUCUUCCAGACCCUGCCUUGACUUCAACUGUUCCAUUUAUGUUCCAUUUUCUAAUUAUUUCUGGAAUAGGUAGUUUGAAUAGAGUUUUUGUAGCCUACUCCUUCUUGGUGGUAAUGAACCAUUUUCAUUUUGAAAUCCUGUUUAGAGGAACCCAUGGUUGUUAACACCAGACAGAUCAGCCACUACAGUUGGAUACUUUAGAAGGCAUGGAGUUAAUUUGGAAUAAAAAGUUCAGCCCUGGAAUUAUACUCACCUGAUUUAUUAAAGCCCUAAGGAGUAAAUCACCUGGGUCUUUGUAAUCAUCUUUUUAAAAGUAACAAAGAAUAAUACAAAAGGGUUCCCAAGGCCCUUUUUCUUUUUUAUAAUUUAUGAACAGUAAUACAUGACAAUAAAAAGCAAUCUUGCUUUAAAAUUGGCAGAAAGGUCUCAUUUAAAAUUGUACCAUUUACAAUUCAGGUUUGCUUUCGACCAUACUGAUUCAUUGUAACAGACAUUCAAACUAGGGGUGCCCAAAUUUUUGCACCCCACUGUAAACCAGGGCCGGGUGUAGACAUAUUGCUUUCCACUGAAUAAACUUUCUGUGUUCUGUUUGAGCCCCACAGCAUUGGAUCUUCUGGACACUCAAUCUUCUGGAGCAAAUGGCUCUUAAAUCAGAUGACUAAUUUCUCGGUUCGAUUGACCCCAAAGAAUGAAAUUAUUUCAGUCGUUGAAGAAAGCUUUUAUGCUUCAAGAUCCAAUAGGAGCACUGAGAUAACAUCCAUCAGUCCUACCUGGUUACUGUGGACAGUUACUGUGGUGUAUAAAUAUCAUUCCAAACCCAACCUCAUAUAUUUUUUUAAAAGGCAGGUAUAUACCAAAGCUAUGAAGUUAUGAAUGAUAGUAUUACUGUCCUGCUCAAGCUGCACCUUUACAACUGGCACCCACUUGUAUUAUAAUCUUUAACACUAAUGAUGUAAUUAAUUUUUUCCGAUAUAUUUAUUGUGGUAUAAUGUUUUAAUGAUCAGUCUAUUGAUAUAAACUGAAUCACUGACAAUUCAGUGCCUUUAUCAUUGAUCCACGAUUAGACCACUUGGGAGGUAAACUGUCAGAUUUAAGAUGCUAAAUGAAGAGCCUAAAUGCUGGACAACUUUUAUUCAUGAUCAAGCAUUCUUACAAUAUUAUAUCAAUCUGCCAAUGCUGAUGAGGCCCUUUAAAGCUCUUCUCCAAUGAAGUAGUUUCAACCAUCCAUGGUGCUUAGAUUCACUCUCAAUUGCAAUUGGCAAGGGAGCAUGUCAGGAUUCAUCUGCCUCAUCUUCACAGAAAAUUCUGCAUAUUUUCCUGUGAAUUGUCUUACCUUUCAUUUAAUACAAACUUUUCUCAACUUUUAUAAUUUGCUUGCUAUUCAAAGGCUUCCGUGCAUUCAUACAUGUGCACCCUGCUAUGUCACACGUUUCAUGUCAAUGAAAAUUUAUGGGUACUACUAUGCCAUGCACAGGGAUAGGGAAGCACAUACUUUCCAUAGAGAAUAACCUGAUGAUGUGCUGUGCUCUCAUCCACUACUAUUAAGAGUGGUAAGGGAAUACUUCAUAAAUUCUACUUUGUGGGUCCUGCUGCUUUUGUAGAGGCUGACUUAUUUGCAUAGCCUUAUACAUUCGGUGCCUGAUUGUGAAAACAAUGUGAUAUUUUCUAUUCUGCUGCCAAAAUUAAAGCUUUUUACCCCAA